CAAUUCGUAGCGGGCGCGCGACGCGAAUUGAGGUAAAAAAAUUGUACGACUUGCGCUGUGCGCUCGUAUUUCAUUACGGAAAAAUAAAAUAUCCGAGGACCUUCGAGUUCGAUCGUAAACGACGCGACAAUAAUUUUAUACAGGAUCUGAAUGAAGUAGUCUUCGAAAUUUAAAAUUACGUAAUAACUUUGAGGUGCGUUAGUUUGUGGUGUGCAAAUAAACAAUAAUUUUGCUGUGCAAAAACAAUAUUUAUUUCAUCGAAUGAUGACUGUUUAUCCCUGGGUUUUAUAGGGUUACAUCGAUUGAUAUAAAAUGUCGUUAAAGAAAGAAUCUCGCACGGAUGUGCAGUUCCACCUGGCGGCUCUCCGGGGGGACUGCGAGCGGCUCAAGCGACUGCUGGACACGGGGAAGGUGCACAUUGACUCCAGAGACAGGGACGGCACCACGCCGCUGAUCCUGUCGGCGGCCAUGGGGCACACGGACUGCGUGCGAGAGCUGUUGGCGCAGGGUGCCGACCCCGCCUGCUGCAGGACGACAGGGACAAGCGCACUGUUCUUCGCAGCACAGGGUGGCUUCCUCGACAUCGCGUGUUUACUGCUCGACUGCGGCGCCGCCAUCGACGCGCCCAGCACGGACGGCGGCACCCCGCUGUUCGUGGCGUGUCAGUGCGGCCACUUGCCCGUGGUUGAGGAGCUCAUCCGCAGGGGAGCUAAUGUCAACUCUUGCAUGAAGGACAAAGCCACCCCCCUAUUCAUAGCAGCACAGAAUGGUCACGAGGAAGUCUGCCUCGCGUUACUGUCGGCCGGCGCGAGUGUGGACGCCGCACGUAGCGACCGCGCCUCGCCGCUGUGGAUCGCGGCGCAGUGCGGACACCAACGUGUAGCCCGGGCGUUGUUAGCCGCGGGGGCGCAAGUGGACAAGCUGAGACAGGACGGCGCCACUCCACUAUUCAAGGCGGCACACAAGGGACACGCCGCCGUGGUGGCGGAGUUGCUGAAAUAUAAGCCCAACUUGGGCAUAUUACCGAACGGUCAGUCAGCUCUCCAUGGCGCCGCCAUGUUCGGUCAGCUGGCGUGCGUGCGCCUCCUCGCGCGGCGCCGCGUGGCCGCCGGCAACGACGUGGUGGCGGUGACCACUCUCCGCAACGCGGCCGGCCUCACCCCGCUGCAGGUGGCGGCGCAGGCGGGCAAGCGGGACGUGGUCGCCUAUCUCAAGCAGCUGGAACACUCGUGAUAUAUAACACAUACUAUGUAACACCAGCUUCAUCAUAAUCUCAACCUCCUCCUCUUCAACCUCAAGGGUCAGAGUGUGUUACGUUGGAAAUUCAUCGAUUUUUUUUUACCAUCGAGUCCCAUUGUUACUAGCUGCAAUCUUUUAAUCCAUUAGAAUUGGAAAACAUGAACACAUCUACUCCACAAUAGAACAAAAUCUUAACGCUCGCUACGCUCGCGAUUUUUUUAAUUGAUUUAGAACUUUUAUAGAAUUAUUCUCCACAAAAUACUCGCUCCGCUCGCAGUAAUCUUAUAAUAAAUACCUAUAUAAUAGUUAUUUACUUCAAACGAAAAUCCCACAAACAUUCCCUAACAACGUAGUUUCUCUAAAUUAAAUUUCGAGUUGCUAGAAAAUUGUUUGAUUAAUAUUAUUGUACUACCUACAGCUUUUUCAUAUUGUGAUGUUUUUAUCUAAUCUAAAUUUAGAGUAGGUAUGUGCAUCUUUUUCUUUUUAAUAUUGUUAAAAAAGGAUGAAAAAUGAAUUUUAAAGGCUGUAAAUAGUGCUACUCUACUUUAAACACGAUUUGACAGUCAUAUCUUGAGUUGUGUGUCCUCCUCUUAUUAUAUUGGUAAGAAAAAGAUGCAAAUACACAGUUGCGAUCAGAAACAGUACCACUGUCACAUUCCUUUCUAGACUGCAUCAUUGCUUUCCAUCAAAGGAGAUAGCAAUAAUACAAGAAAGUACUUACAUGAAUUAAUCUAAUAUCAAAUAAAUAAGCACAUGUUAGCCAUCGCCUUAUAUGUAUACCUCACACAAUAACCAUAUUUUUAUUAAAAGUAUAUUAAACUUAAAAUAACGUGAAAGGGUUGUAAAUAAAACAAUAUUUUAUAAACAUAGAAAUGUAUUAAAUAGAAAUAAAAUAACAGGCUUGCUUCUCGCCUAGAUUCUUGUAACAAAAAACUUAAUCGAGCUUAAAAUGGGGUUAAUAUUGAAAAAUAUUCAUAGUAUAGGAAUACAGUCAAUUCGUACAAGUAAUAUAAAUCUUUAAAGACAAUUUUUUAUCUUUUCUGUUAUCUUGUUGCAUUCACAGACAUCAAAACAGACAUGGGGUAGGUAAGGGACA